GACGGAGGGUACGUUUUCAGGUAGAGGGAAAAAAAAAACACGUAAUGACCUCCGAGUGAACCUCGUAGCAGGAAACACACACACCCAGUAGGCGGCGACUCAGUCUGAGGAGUCGAGAAGAGACACCGCUGUCACGGGUUGGAAAUUAUCUUUGUCCGCAACCAACCGAAGCCCGUCCAUUUUACAAGAAGUCCUUAAAGCUGGGGCGGCAAAAAGCGAUGCGCGAGAUGCCUGGGCAACUUGGUAACUUGAAAUCCAGAAAGAGGAAGAGGAGCUCAGAGAUUUCUCUUUCAGGAAGGAGGCGGAGUGCGCGCUCAAAGACAGAUGGCAGUUCAACAGCGAGGUCCGACAAACCAGCCGAUCCUGUGGAGAGAUUGUCCCGUAUCGCCUGUGAAUGCCUCAAGUCUGCUGCCGGGAGGCGAUGUUCAGCUUCACCAGAGCCUGAAGGACAGGACGGUAAAGAGAACGAGCUGAGGACAGAGGACGACAACAGCUGCGCAGCAAAUGACACCUGGGACAAACCAGAGUCUGAGCACAUGGACUGUGAAGAAAAUCGCAGAACCUUUUUCCCAGAUGAUGACAGCAAUCAGAUCCUUCCUGUGGAGCAGUUCUUUGGAAACAUGGAUGUUGUUCAGGACUUUCCUCAAAGAUCCUCCGCUGCUCCUUGCAGCGUUCAAAGGAAGGAAAGAAGGCGACAUUACUACGCACGAGAGGACAGCAAUGAAGAAGAGGCAGGCCUUGGCGUCACACAGCGAGAUGAAGUAAGCACUUAGUAAAGAGCGACUCGCCGUCGAAACAGGAAGCCAAAUAGAAACAAAGCC